AUGCAUAGAUUACCCAUGAAAGUGUUUGAGAUGCAUUAGACACAGGUAUGAUUUAAAUUUUAUAUUUAGUUUCGUCCAUUUAUAGGAUAGUAGCUUUAAUAAAGCUUGAAUAAUCAACUACAAUAUCAGAAGCUCUUUUGA